GCCCCCUCGCAGACGAGACGCGUGGUAGCUAGGGUUUUGGCCUCGCCGCGCACGCCUCCUGAAGCUUCUAGACGUUCGAGGAGGAGGAGGGGAGGCUCCCGCCGCCGCCGCCGCAGCCAUGGCGUCCACCAAGGUGCAGCGUAUCAUGACCCAGCCCAUCAACCUCAUCUUCCGUUUCCUCCAGAGCAAAGCGCGCAUCCAGAUCUGGCUCUUCGAGCAGAAGGACCUCCGGAUUGAGGGUCGCAUCAUCGGAUUCGAUGAGUACAUGAACUUGGUCCUCGAAGAUGCUGAGGAAAUCAACGUCAAGAAAAACACUAGGAAGACACUGGGCCGGAUACUCCUCAAAGGUGACAACAUAACUUUGAUGAUGAACAGUGGCAAGUGAAAGUUCUUAUGGCAGGAACGAUGUUUGGUGCUCGCGUUGAGUAUUUCUGGCACGUUGUACUCCAUCCAUUCAGACUUACAUGUACCUGCUGUUAAUGACCUGAGUAAAAUUAUGCUAGAUGCUGGCCACUUGUGUGUGCCAUAUUGGC